UGGAGAGACGGAAUCAUCAAGAUUGCGAAAGGGAGGGCGGAGUAACUUAACAGGCGAAAGGGAGACGGAAGCCAUAGUGUUCAUCCGAUGACACUCUUGUGAAGAGGGGAGGAGUCAACGGGCUCGCUCGAUCACGCUUUCUUUGGCCGGCGAGCCGACCACUGCGACAGCCGCAAAAGCAGUGGUUUAGGGGCCUCACUCGUCACCACUUGUCACCGCCCACUACUCAACCUUCUCUGUGAGCGGAUGUCCACGAGAUGGGCCCCACCCAUAUUAAUGGUCGCGGCUAUGGGUAGUACAAGGUGGCGUGCCGAGGUCGCAGGCUUUCCUUGUUUUCGCUUGCUUCUUCACUUGCCGUAGGUGGCCGCCUUUCUUCUUCUGCAGUUUCUCCUCCUUUCUAUUCCAUCGAUUCUUCCGGUGAGGAUUAGGGUUUCCUCUUCCUGUCGAGUUUUCAUAGCAGAGGCGAGCCAGAGUCGUUUCUGAGUUGGUGAUUUUAGAGUGCGGGGGCGGAUAUACCGAUCCAACCGCGGAGGGUGGUUGGCUUGUCGUGAUAUUGGCGAUCGGAAGAUUUCUCCUUUGGUAAACUGUUCGUAGCUGGGUUACCGAUGUGUUAGGAGUCGCGGCCUGCGAGAUGUCGGUGAGCCGACCGGCGGUGCACCCUGUGGAGGCGCCGCCUCUCACCGAUGCGGCGGAGAACCCGCCGAGGGUGAGGAUGAAAGACAUCCAGGGCAUGCCGGGGACUCCUGGCGGGCUCGCCCUGCGUUUGGCUCAGUUUGUAUCCGCUGUUACUGCGCUUGGCGUCAUGGUUGCCUACACCGAUUUCACCUCUGUCACUGCCUUCAGCUAUUUGGUUGCAGCAGCUGUCUUACAGAGCUUGUGGAGUAUCUCGUUAGCUUUUAUCGAUAUAUAUGCACUUCUAGUAAAACGCAGCGUACGGAAUCCCCGUGCCCUGUCCUUGUUUACCAUCGGAGAUGGGAUCACUUCGACACUGAUGUUUGCUGCUGCUUGUGCAUCUGCUGGCAUUACAGUGCUGAUCGGUAAUGAUCUGGAAGCAUGCCACAGGAGGCAAUAUUGUGCAACCUUUGAGACCGCCACAGCCAUGGCCUUCAUCAGUUGGUUUGCAAUCUGCCCCUCGUUUCUCCUCAACUUUUGGUCCUUGGCAUCUAGAUGAAUUACAUUACGAUCUUUUGUAUAGGAAGAUAUAUUGGUUGGGGACCAUGCAAAAUGCGAGAUAAAAUAUUUAAGUUUGGUAUUGAUUUUUGUUCUAUUUUCAGUUUUUAGUUUGUUUUCUGACAAUUGUUGAUAAAGUUAUUAUACUUAGAAGCUA